UAAUAAGUGGAGUGUCAGGAGCUAUGUGACGGAGUGACGUACAGACGAGACCGUCGAGGAGGAAGAGAGUGUACGGUGUUAGUGAUGCCUAGCGCACCCCCUAGAGUCUAGCUGUCCGGGACACCCCGAGUUACUAUGGCUGCGCACCCCCAGCUGUCACUUACGCUGUUAAUAUCGGCAUUUUUUCUCAGCGUCGUUCGAUGUAAUCAAGAUGGUGGCUUGCUCGACGACGCAUCUACGACCAAGCCAACACCAGAACAAGACGAGUCCCUCCUGCUAAACACGGACCUCCCUAUCUUCUUGGCGGAACCCCAGAAUGCGUUCGUGGUAAAAAACCGUCCCGCGAUCCUCCACUGCCGUGCGGCUCACGCCUUGAAGGUUUACUUCAAGUGCAAUGGAGCCCGCAAAGUGGAAACUAUCGAGAACUGGUUCGUGGACCCCCAGACAGGUGUGCGGAUUUUCGAGGCGGACACUAACGUGACCAGAGACAUGGUCGAGGAAUUUUUCGGCAAGGAGAAAUUUAAGUGUGAGUGUUACGCGUGGAACGGAAGGGGCAACAUAAAGAGUCAGCCGGCCACUGUGGAAGUUGCAU